UGCUCAGAAUUCAGUCUUAGCUGAUGCCAGCCCCACCCUUCCCAACAUAGAGCCAAGCUCUAGGCCUGAGGUUUCUCCCACCAGCCCCAUCCCCAGCACCCAUCUCCCUGGAAGGGAGAGCAACCAAGGCAUAUGUAUUUGGGCAGAGAAACAGAAGCCUGUGUAUGUCUUGGGAAGGGAAGAGGAGUCAGACAACCAGGAAGGGACUUAAAGACAUCAGGACACAACAGUAUCACAGGAAUGUGGAAAGAGAGCCGGCAAAGAGACAGACAAGACAUCCCCACCAGGGACAGCCAAACCAGCUGAGCAGGAUGAGGCCAAGAGACUCCCAGGCACAGACAGAGAUCUAUCAACAGUGCUCAUGUAGAUCUAGUCUGGCUUCCUCUGAAUCUCCUGUUUGUUAAUCAGUCAGCCAAACACCCUGCUAGAUACAGCCCCAGAACACCAGAUGAGGAACUUGAGGCACGUGACUAACCCCAGGGCAUUUAGCCUGGAAGAGCAGGGGCUACGUUUCCUGACCUCCAGGCCAGUCUUCAGUCUCCAGCCUAAUGAAUCCUCCAGGCACAAAGGAGAUGGAGCCUUACACAUAUGGGAGCUUGGGGCUCGGGGGGUUCCUGCUCCUAGUUGUGGUUGUUCUGUCUACCUGCCUGUGUCGGCUCCAUCGGAGAGUGAGGAGGCUGGAGAGGAGCUGGGUCCAGCUCUGGGAGCAGGAGCCCCACUAUGCAUCUCUGCAGAGGCUGCCCAGCAAGGUGUCUGACGUUGGCGACAGGCAAAGAAAAGGCUCUAAGGAGGACCCCAGCACUGACUACGCCUGCAUUGCCAAGAAGUAAUCCACCUGAGCACCCCAAAUGCCUCCCUCAACCCACAUGGGUGUUCAGGGCCAUCCUGUGGUUUCCCAGUAAAGACAGUG